AUGGCAAACACGCUGAUAAGAAUCACACAGUUCUGCUAUCUGCCCUGUUGCACACGCUCUCUUUCUCUCUCUGCUCUGCAAUUUUUUUGUCUCCUUGCCCUCCCUGUUUCUUGUCAUACUCGUCUCACUGGUAGAACCUCUUGUCUCUCUCACUCACACUUGAUUACCAUGUUUUCUAUGACCAAGUUCAUUCUGGCGACCGCGAUCACUGUGGCCGCGGUGGCCUUCCCUGGGGCUGCGAUGGAGUUCGCUAUGGCUGAAACGACAACAAUGACCGCCGCACCUGUCCCUGUCAACCUCAGUCUGAACAUCGUCACUACGGUGCUGCUUCUUGGCGUGUCGAUAGCGGUGGCGCUGAUCUACGCUUUGUGGAAGGUCCUCCCAAAGAUCCGCAGUGGAGAGCUCUCGUUCUCGAAGAUCGAUUUUGACUGGCGUGCGGAGUUGCUGAACCAGACGCCCAAGAAGGAGAAGGCCCGCUUUGCUGCUGAGAAGGCUCGCCGCGCGGCUGAGAUGGCGCAUCGUGAGGAGGAGAUGGCAGCCAACCGCUACUGUGGCCCGGACGAGAGAGAAGUGCCUUACGGCAGCACACAGCCGCGGGUGGAGCUGGGCGAGGUCGAUACACUGGUAGCCAGGUCACACCACGAGGGUCGAAAGCACGGCGAGAACGAUGAGAGCGUUGCGGUGACGGUGCCCCGCGAGUAG